AUGGUCACGGGGGUGGUGGAUUGUCCCUCCAACCGCCUCCUUAAACACGUCGUCAGGUGCUAUCUCCGUUUGUCGGAUAACUCGAGGGCGCGAGAGGCUUUAAGACAGUGUCUUCCAGAUGCUCUCAAGAACCCGGAGCUGCAUGCGAGUCUUAAAGAUGAUCCUGCAACAAAGAAGUGGCUGAUGCAGCUGCUGCAUGCAGUGUCGAGUCCCCCCCAGCAGCAGCAGCAGCAGCAGCAGAUUCAGCAGCAGCAGCAGCUGCAGCAGUAG